AAAAAGCUGUUAAUGGUCAAUUCUUACCAAUUGGUGGAAAUUUUGGUCUUAAAUGUAAAAUAUUCUGGCUUCCUGAUACAUUUGGUUAUUCUGCACAAUUACCACAGAUUAUUAAAGGUGCUGGAUUAAAUUCCCCAAUACAACAUUUUAUUGGAUUGGAAUUGAUGGUAGUGAGUUAUGUGGGUCAAUGCUAUCCUUCAGAAUUAAUUCGUAGUGUUAAAAAUCAUAAAGAUAAGGAAUGGAGUAAUGAAGCAUUGCUUUUAUUUGGUAAUGGUGAUGGAGGUGGUGGUCCACUUGCAUCAAUGAUUGAAAGAUUACGUCGAUUGAAAGAUAUUGAUGGUUUGCCUAAAGUUGAAAUCGGAUCGGCUGAUGAUUUUUAUGAACGAGUAGAAAGAAAUUCAUCAGAAUUGGUUUCUUGGAAAGGGGAAUUGGUACCUACACAUCGCAUGGGAAGAUUAAACAAUAUAAUCGCAAAUUGGAGUUUCUUUUACGAGAUCUAUCCAAAAGACAUAUUAGAUAAAUUAUGGAAAUAUGUUUUAUUGAAUCAAUUUCAUGAUGUUUUACCAGGUUCUUCCAUCGGAAUGGUAUAUGAUGAUGCAAAUAAGUUCUAUGAAGAAUUACCUGAAUCUGCUCCUGAUGAUAAAAAUGGAUUGUUUGCCUUUAAUACACUUGGAUGGAGUAGAACUGAGGUUGUUGAACUUCCUAUAAAUAGUGAAGAAGAAAAUACAAAGUCUAGACAUGAUGUAGAAGGAAUGGGUUUAAAAGCUAUAGAUAUUGAAGAAAAUGAAAAUGUUGACUUCGUUCUUGCAGAAGCUUCCAUAAAUGAGAAUUUUUAUUUCUUAAUUAACCAAUUCAUCUCAGUUAAAUUUGACAAACAUUGUAGAUUAAUAAGUCUUUUUGAUAAAAGACUUAAUCGAGAAAUUAUUCCUAUUGGUCGAUAUGGAAAUUCAUUUAAAUGUUAUGAAGAUAUUCCUAUUUUCUGGGAUGCUUGGGAUGGACGUGAUGUAGGAUUAGGUGGUUCAGUAAAGAUUCAUGAAGUUAGCGGAUUACGUGCAUCAUUACUGCUUGAAACUAAAUUAUCCGAUACCAGUACUUUACGUCAAGUGAUUUCUAUAACUGCUUUUUCUUGUAGAGUGGAUUUUGAGACUACAGUAGAUUGGAAUGAAAAUAGACAAUUUCUGAAAGUAGAAUUUCCUUUUGAUAUUACUAGCGAUUAUGCUACUUAUGAAACUCAAUUUGGGUUUGUCCAAAGACCCACACAUUUUAAUACUUCUUGGGACGCUGCAAAAUUUGAAGUUUGUGGACAUAAAUUUGCUGAUUUAUCGGAAUAUGGUUAUGGUGUGGCUUUAUUGAAUGAUUGUAAAUAUGGUAAAUUAUCACUUUUAAGAUCUCCGAAGGCACCUGAUGAUAAUUGUGAUAUCGGAGUUCAUAAAUUUAAAUAUGCUAUUUUCCCCCAUAUUGGUUCAUUUUUGGAAUCUAAUGUUGUUCAUGAAGCUUAUCAGUUUAAUGUACCUUUACUUGUUAAAACCACCUCACAAGAGAUUGUUAAUUCAUUUGAACCUAAAACUUACUUUAAUAUUGAGAAUGCACCUAAUGUCAUUCUUAAUACAAUUAAACGAGCUGAAGAUUCUGAUGAUAUAAUUCUUCGUUUAUAUGAAGCUUACGGUGGUCAAGCUGUAGCCAGAUUAAGAAGUUCACUUCAAAUAGAUCAUAUUUAUGAAACAAAUAUUUUAGAAGAUAAUAAAUAUCUUAUUGAUUAUACCAGUGAAGAUGGAGCGAUAAUUAAAUUUAAACCUUUUCAAAUUAUUACAUUAAAGAUUGUUUUAUCUUAA